GCCCCCUCGUCCCCGGCCGGCCUGGCCAGGCCCCGCGCUAUGGAGUUCCUCUGGGCCCCUCUCUUGGGUCUGUGCUGCAGUCUGGCCGCUGCUGACCGCCACACCGUCUUUUGGAACAGUUCAAACCCCAAGUUUCGGAAUGAGGACUACACUGUCCAUGUGCGGCUGAAUGACUACCUGGACAUCAUCUGUCCUCAUUACGAGGAUGACUCUGUGGCAGAGGCUGCCAUGGAGCGGUACACACUAUACCUGGUGGAGCGUGAGCAGUACCAGCUGUGCCAACCCCAAUCCAAGGACCAGGUCCGCUGGCAGUGCAACCAGCCCAACGCCAGACAUGGCCCGGAGAAGCUGUCUGAGAAGUUCCAGCGCUUCACACCUUUUACCCUGGGCAAGGAGUUCAAAGAGGGACACAGUUACUACUACAUCUCCAAACCCAUCCACCACCAGGAAGACCAGUGCUUGAAGCUGAAAGUGACUGUCAGCGGCAAAAUCACCCACAGUCCUCAGGCCCAUGCCAAUCCACAGGAGAAAAGACUUCCAGCAGAUGACCCGGAGGUGCAGGUUCUACAUAGCAUCGGUCACAGUGCUGCCCCCCGCCUCUCCCCACUUGCUUGGGCUGUGCUGCUCCUGCCAUUCCUGCUGCUCCAGACCUCGUGAAGGCAGAGGCCACAUCUGGCGUAAAGAGAACUAUUACUGAGGCUCCUCCCAGAGCCUCAGUCCCUGGGAAGCACUCCCACGACAUGCAUAAGCUGCCACCCAGAGGAGGUGCCAUCCCCACAUCCACCUGAGGGACAGACAGUCCUUUCCCCUCCCUUCCUGCCCAUAAGCCAAAGAGACAAGCUCUGUGAACAUGGCUCACGAAGGGCACUGUGGGAACCGAGCUGGAAGGGGCUUGGGGUCACAUGGAUGGACUCCGAGCUUGGCAAAGAUGCCCCUCCCAGAGAGAGCCACGAUGGCCAGAUGAACUGACUGAAGGAAAAACAAGACGGAACCCAACAUAAGUGUCCGUGAGGAUGUGGAUUAGAUCUCUGGCCUCGCUCAGGGGGUUAAGGAUCCGGCGUGGCUGCAAGCUGUGGUGUAGGUCACAAAUGCGGCUCGGAUCCAGUAGUGCUGUGGCUGAGCCAAGGACAGGAGAAGCAGCAUGCUUGGGCUAACCCAGCAUCUCUCCCAGGACUGUCCUCUGUGGCGCUGUCACAGAGAGGUUUGUAGCCAGGCACUGCAUCCUCUCCCAUCCUGGGGCAGCAUUUCCCAGAGCUGUGCCAGCAGGGGGGCUGUGCCAACCUGGUCUUAAGGUGUAUCUGUAAGGGCAGGGCCCACACACACACAGUCUGUGCCUAGACUAAAGCCUGAGGGGCAGGGCCCACAUGUACAGAAUCUGCAUAUGAACUUUCUGUGUCUGUGCUGAUUUCUACAACUGGAACUUUUUUAUACUGUGUUCUUUGUCUCAAAAUAAAGUGAUGUGUUUGGUUUUUCA